AGCUUAUCCUCGACUUUCGGAAGACGACGAAGUUGAUGUAGCCGCGGCGACGUAAAGGAUUGAACUGGACUGGGACGGGCAAGAGCUAUAGCUGUACGCCUUUCGAUUGAGACAGUGUUUUCGUAAAAGACAAGAACAGCUUCUUGCUGGAGUCUUGCUCGUGUAUAAAAAGCCAGACGGCCUGCCCCAGGACUGAUCUCUUUUCUUCUCCCUUCUCCUCAGGCCAGCCAUCCCCGAUCGCAUUGCCCCCUCCAAGCUCCAUCCUCACGAGACAGCAUCAAGCUUCUUCAAGACAAACCCCCCUCUCUACAAAAUGAAGUUCUCCGCCGUCAUCGUCUUCGCCCUGGGCGCCGCCGCCGCCGCCGUCCCUGACAACUCUCCCGUCGAGGAUAUCGAGCUGAUCUCGCGCGAGCAGCCGGUCGAGAUCAGCGAGCUGAUCGCCCGGCAGACCUGCAACUUUAACUGCCCGAGUGCUGUCCGCAUCCGGCCGGUGGGCUGCCUCCGCUCCUGCCAAAGCAACUGCGUCCACUACGCUUGCCGAGGCGGCAACCGUGCCGUCUGCAGCGAUGGCGUCAGGAACUGCGUCGGCAGCACCUAAGGGGUCUCGACAACAGCACACCUGCUUUCCGCCCUUUCUUCAGCCAACAGAUGGUUUGUGACUCAGCACAAGCCAGAGAAGGUGGCGGAUAUCAAGAGAAGAGACAAGACUUUCUUUCCCUUUGUCACGAAGUUUUUCUUCUUCCCUUUAGCUCGAGUCACUCCUUUAGACAGAAAUUCAAAAUAAAUCCUUGGCCGGGAAAUUGAACAAACAACAAGCUCCUAAAAUUAUGCUUUAAA